CUUGUUUUAGGUUUCGUACAUUUUAGUGGUAAUGUUCCAUUUAUUUGGUUAGUUGAAAAAUAUAUGUGGCAUGAAUCAUGACGAGAGCCUGUUUUUGCUUAAAACAGGUUAUGGUGCUGGCGCUGAUGCUUUGCUGUGCCGCUGUGAGCCAAGCCUGUCUGCAGUGUGACCGCAGCAUCAGGAGCAUGCAUGAAGAGUUCACUCUCACUGGCCCAACUCCUGCUGUACAGAUUGACCUGCAAAAAAUUACCAAUCAGGCUUAUGCUAAUUACAAGAGUACUAGCCUUUCUUUGAAGGGUGUCAUAGAUCCCACCACCUUGUACAGAGUCAAAACGGAGUACCAGAGUGAGUUUAACAGCUUCCUGAAAACAGCCCGCACGGGAUCUAUUGCAAUGGCAACCAUUACUAUUAUGGACAAAGGCAGGCAAAUCUUACAAAAACACUUGGAAGUGUUCAUCAGGGACGGAUUGUGUCCAAACAAGUGUGGGCUCCUGCAAAGACGAGUAUUGGAUUGCACCACAUGCAACUACAAGAUGCACAUCUGUCCAUCUCCAUCUGGCCGAGAGGAUUGUGGCGAAUACCCGGUGGUGGCUAAGGAGGAAGGUCAGGCUGUACUGGACUGCUACCAACCAUGGCAUUCUCUUCUGUUGGGGAGCCGAGAGUACCACUACUCCCGGGCCCCUGCUGUGCCGAGAAACAAGCUCAGUGGGACUAACUUUAAAAACUUGGUAGUGAUGGACGACGCGUUCAUGGUGUUAAAUCAGCUCCGAUUGGACGAACAAGGAAGGUACCAGUGCUCCCUGCGGGCCAAGGAUGGAACCCUGUUCUACCAAGUUACAUACCUCCUGAAGGUCACUCCAAAGCUGACUCAAAGGUCCCGACCUAUCAUGACGUUGCCUUUACUGGCUCAUGGCUACGACGAGUCGGUUGGCGUGCUGAUGCCGCUCAUGGCUGUGGUUACUACUCUGAGUCUGGCAGGGAGCCUAUUCUUUGCUUUUUCCCUAAGAAAGAUGCUGUUGAAGCAAAGAACCGAAGGGCAGACAACGAGAAGGAAAGAUGACGAAGGCUCAGCAGCUGCUGCACUUCCUGAGAGUACUCAAGUACAACCUGGACUCUAACCUGCUGCUGACCUUCUACCGCUCAUCCAUUGAGAGUCUGCUGACAUUACUGCGUCACAGCAUGGUACAGCUGCUGCACCGUUGCAGACAAGGAGAGGCUCCAGAGAGUGGUAAAGGCAGCACAGCGAAUCUUCGGCUGCCCCCUCCCCUCCCUGACAGACAUUUACACCUCCCGCUGCCUCAGCAGAGCUUCCAACAUUAUCAAGGACAGUUCCCACCCUGGCUUUGAUCUACAGGGUCAUCAGGUCUAAGACAAACAGACUCAACAACAGUUUUUUCCCCAAAGCCAUAACCACGGUAAACUCUAUUGGCACUGAUUUUAUAGUUUAGCACCUCUCUGUGUCAUACUUGCCAACCCUUCCGGAUUUUCCGGGAGACUCCCGAAAUUCAGCGCCUCUCCCGAAAACCUCGCGGGACAAAUUUUCUCCCAAAAUCUCCCAAAAUUUAGGCGGAGCUGGAGGCCACGCCCCCUCCAGCUCCAUGCGACCCUGAGUGAUGUGUCGACAGCCUGUUUUCACGUCCGCUUUCGCACAAUAUAAACAGAGUGCCUGCUCAAUGACGUUAUAGCUGUAGAAUGAUCGAGGGCGAGUUCUUGGUUUCUUAUUUGGGUUUAUUGUUAGGCAGUCUCAUUAGCGUCCUCCCAGCGCGGCAACAACACACAACAACAGCAGUCACGUUUUCGUCUACCGUAAAGUAAUUUGUCUGCCGUAAACAGCAAUGUUGUGACACUCUUAAACAGGACAAUACUGCCAUCUACUGUGCAUGCAUAUGUGACAAUAAUAUCUACGGCUUUUAGAGCAGUGGUUCUCAACCUUUUUUCAGAGAUGUACCUGUGAACGUUUUUUUUAAUUCAAGUGCCCCCUAAUCAGAGCAAAGCAUUUUUGGUUGAAAAAAAAAAAAGAUAAAGAAGUAAAAUACAGCACUAUGUCAUCAGUUUCUGAUUCAUUACAUUGUAUAACAGUGCAAAAUAUUGCUCUUUCUUGAACUAUUUGGAAAAAAUAUAUUAAAAAAAUAAAAUAAAAACUUGUUGAAAAAUAAACAAGUGAUUCAAUUAUAAAUAAAGAUUUCUACGCAUACUGCGAUAAGAUUUGUGACUUGUCCAGGGUGUACGCCACCUUCCGUCUGAUUAUAGCUGAGAUAGGCACCAGCGCCCCCCGCGACACCAAAGGGAAUAAGCGGUAAAAAAUGGAUGGAUGGAUAGCUGUAAAUAUACUUCUCCCCUCUUAACCACCCCCCCAACAAUGCCCCGCCCCCGACCACACCCCCCAACACCCCACCUCCCGAAAUCGGAGGUCUCAAGGUUGGCAAGUAUGCUAAAACACAUAUACGCAGAUCUGAAUACACACAGCCGGAUUGAUGUCCAGUCACUAAUUGGUGCACAUGGAUGCGAAAUGGAUUACGGGCACACAGAUUAAGAUACACGUUUGCAAAUAAUUUUGCAACAAUAAUACUUUGAUUUCUGAAGGAUAGUGCUGAGAUUCAUUGAACUCCAGAACAAAAGCCUAAACAACAUGACCAAGGUGUGCUUGUAGCUGACUUGGUGAAGUUUACGACGAUAGCAUUGAGACGAUCAGCACCAUACUGAAGCAGGAUUUGAUAAAGGCAAUUUGACGCCCAUCAAAAAAAAUUUUUACGGACAAUAUUAUUCCAUUAAAAUAUAGAGACACUGUGGAUGUAGUGUUUGACAGAGAAGCAGCUUCAAGAAGAUACCACAGAAGCCUACUCUCCAAGAUAAAUGUUGUAAAUUAGUAUAACUUUACUUUAUUAGUUGUUUGUAGUACAUUCAAUUGUAUUUUUUUUAUUCAAUAUUUCUUAUUUAGUAGUUUGUUUUUCUUGUUAAAAAAGCAUGUUAAAGGCCUAGUAAAACCCACUACUACCCACCACACAGUCUGAUAGUUUAUACAUCAAUGAUGAAAUAUUAACAUUGCAACACAUGCCAAUACGGCCUUUUUAGUUUACUAAAUUACAAUUUUAAAUUUCCCGCGGAGUUUCUUGUUGAAAACGUCGCGUGCGCGUGAUGUCACGGACUGUCAGGAAAUAUUAGCGCAGCACUAUUUGCGGCUAAAAGUCGUCUCUUUUCAUUGCGUAAUUAAACAGUAUUCUGGACAUCUGUGUUGCUGAAUCUUUUACAAUUUGUUCAAUUAAUAAUGGAGAAGUCAAAGUAGAAAGAUGGAGUUGGGAAGCUUUAGCCUUUAGCCACACAAACACACGGUGAUUCCUUGUUUAAAAUUCCCGGAGGUGAAGCUUUACUAUGUAAUCAGAGCGGUCAAGCGAACAUGGUUCCCGACCACUUGUCAACCGGCAGGUUUCGGAGAGAAAAUUGUGUUAAAAAGUCGCCUCUUACCGGAGAUCUGUAGAGUUUGCGCCGUCCUUGUAUCUGCCGUGACUUCCCUCAGACACUGGCCUCAAGACACCCGUGGACACACCCCUCCGACUAUCAAGUACUAUUUAAUCUCACUAAAACACUAGCAACACAAUAGAAAGAUGAGGGAUUUCCCAGAAUUAUCCUAGUAAAUGUGUCUAAAAACAUCUGAAUCUGUCCCGAUGCAAUCGCUUUUUUUUUUUAAACUUUUUAUUUUAUUUUAUUUUUAGUCCUUCGCUAUCAACAUCAUCAUCCACGAAUCUUUAAUCCUCGCUCAAAUUAAUGGGGAAAUUGUCGUUUUCUCGGUCCGAAUAGCUCUUGCUGCUGGAGGCUCCCAUUAUAAACAAUGUGAGGACGUGAGGAGCCCUCACCCUUGUGACGUCAUCGUCUGCGACUUCUGGUAAAGGCGAGGCUUUUUUUAUCACCACCAGAAGUUGCGAACUUUAUCGUGGAUGUUCUCUACUAAAUCCUUUCAGCAAAAAUAUGGCAAUAUCGCGAAAUAAUCAAGUAUGACACAUAGAAUGGACCUGCUACCCUUGUUUAAAAACGAAAAUCUAAUUUCAGUAGGCUUUUAAUGUAAAAAUCGGGGUGUGUUUGGUGUACCCAGAAAAAAAGUAAUUGUAAUUCAUUUCAAUGGGGAAUACUGAUUAGAGAUACGGACGUUUUGAGUUACGAGCUCUGUCAGACCCAAAUUUAACUUCAUUUGUCAAGACGACACCGUAUACCAUGGGUGUCAAACUCUGGCCCGCCGUGUAAUUUAAUUUGGCCCUUGAGGCAAUAUCAAAUUAACAUUAAAGCUGGCCCGCCGGUACUAUACAGCGGUAGCGCCGCUGUAACACCGCAUUUACCGCUAAUACUCAUACUUGCCAACCAUCCCGAUUUUCCCGGGAGACUCCUGAAGUUCAAUGCUUUUCCCAAAAAUAUCCCAGCGCAACCAUUGUCCUGAAUUUCUACCGAUUAUCCAAAUAUUGGGGGUGUUCCCUAAAGGCACUGCCUUUAGCGUUCUCUACAAACAGUGUGGAAAAAGUUAAUGUUGAUAUUUACCUUAGAAGGCUGCAAAUAGAAAAGAGGCAUUACAUUUUUUAUUUCAAAUUUGAUUUAAUAUACCAUUGAUGUUUUUUGUUUGUUUUUUGAAAGUUGAUUUUGCACCAUUAAGUUAUAUAAGCGUUGCUUGUUCCAUAUUCAGUGUUAAAGCAAAUCAGUGUAGCAAACUGAGCAAUAAAUAAAUAAUUCAUGCACUUUCUCUUGCUACUUCAAGGCUUGAAUGUUUGAUUCAUUCAUUAUUGUUAUUUUAUUUUCAAAUGUAUUAUUAGCCUGUGGAAAAAGUUUAUUUUGAUAUUUACCUCAUAAGGCUGCAAAUAGAAACGAGGCAUUCAAUUUUUAUUUAUAUUUUAUUUCAUAUGCCAUUGAUAUUUUUUUAUUAUUAUUAUUUGAAACUCGAUUUUGCAUGUCACUGUAAAGUUAUAUAAGCAUUGCUUGUACAAUAUUAAAUGCAAAACUUGUUUGGGUCCCUAUUAAAAGGUUCAUUUGUUCAACCUUGCCCCGCUGCUUUGUUUAAUUUUAAAUUUUGGCCCACUCUGUAUUUGAGUUUGACACCCCUGCCGUAUACAAAGGAUGCUGCACAUGUUUCAUCAAUAAUAGCCAACAUAUAUGUAACGACUAGUCGGCACCGCGCUGUCCCUCCAGGAAUGCAUCGGCUCAAACACAGCAAUAGGUAAGAUAAGAAUGAAUUUAGUAAGUAACAAAAAUAGGCUAAGAAACAAAAACACUGGAGCUAAGCAGAACAACAAACC